GGGCGCAGGGCUCGGCACGUCAAAGCCCUGCGUCCUUCGACCCCCGAGCGGAGGAGAGGUGCGCUCAGCGGAGGCGGCGGCGACAGCAGCCCCUACUGGACCGAGACCGGGUGGUGCGGAGCUGACGUGCGAAGCAGCGCGAGUGAGGCGUGAGGGCGGCGCCCGCGCCCGGGAAAACCCAGCGGCGCGAACCGGCGGCCCAGACCCGGUCCGGGCUCCCGAGGCCCCGCCUCCCAGGCCUUGGGACUAAUCGGAUUGAGAGCGCGCCGGACCGGGCCCCGAACUCGCCAAUUGCGGAGGGCGGCAGCCACCGCCCAAUCCCGAGCAGACAGGUGCGAGGUCCGGAAGGCUGAGGCCAAUCUGCAGCGGUUGCGACCUGUUGGGGCAGGUCUCGGCCAAUGAGGAGGCUCGAGUGACAUCUUUGCGCGCCAAUCGGGAGUGAGGGAGCGUUCGUGCCCGCCCGCCCUUCCGGCCAGAGCUCUAUUUACCAGGGGCGUGCAGCCCGCUUGCCAAUCAGAGCGCGGCUGAGCGGCCCGGCAGCCAACCCCCGAGGAGCGGCCGGCCGGCGUCCGCCGCACCCAGGAGUUGGGGAUGUCCUACAAGCCUAUCGCCCCCGCCCCCAGCAGCACCCCUGGCUCCAGCACCCCUGGGCCGGGCACCCCGGUCCCGACAGCCGGAAGUGUCCCAUCACCGUCGGGCUCAGUGCCAGGAGCCGCUGCCCCUUUCAGACCACUGUUUAACGACUUUGGACCGCCCUCCAUGGGCUAUGUGCAGGCGAUGAAGCCACCCGGCGCCCAGGGUUCCCAGAGCACCUACACGGACCUGCUGUCGGUCAUAGAGGAGAUGGGCAAAGAGAUCCGGCCCACCUAUGCUGGCAGCAAGAGCGCCAUGGAGCGCCUGAAGAGAGGCAUCAUCCAUGCCCGGGCCCUAGUCAGAGAGUGCCUGGCAGAGACAGAGCGGAACGCCCGCACGUAACAGGAAGCGCCUCAGCGUCUGGACCUUUCCCGGCCACUGCAGAGCACCUGCUUCUCCCUGGCCUUCAUCCCGAGUUGCACUAACCAUCCUGAGCUUCCUGUCCUGUGUCCCUUGGUGGGUGCCCUCCAGGAACCAGGGGGCGGUGCUCACUCCAGUCGGCAGCACUAACUGUCCCCCCCAAGACUUAGCAGCGAGGUCACUGCGAGUCCCACCCAUGACCUGCCGACAGUGUUGAUCCAACUGGGGCUUUCUCCUCUCUGUGGCCCCACCACCAGCCCUUCCCCAGCACUUCUCGCCACUUUGUCCCAGGCUUCCUCCCCCAGCAGGGCUCAGAAGCUCCCUGCCUUGUCUCCUGGGCCAUAGCAACUCUUUUCUCAGUGUGUCUUUUGCUAAAUAUGCCCUUUUUAUAUAAAUAAAGGAUGAUUUGGAGUUGUUCUCUCAGUUCUGA